AUGGCGCUCGCUACUAUCGCCGCAACCACCGCCGCAACCACCGCAGCCGCCGCAUAUCUAGAUGCCAAACUAGCUCUAUCACAAGAUGCAAAGCGCCUAUAUCUGAUUUGGAAAUCGAACCAAGAAUUUGCUGCAGCUGCAAAAGCCAACCGCGUAAGCCUCUGGUAUUUCUUCGAAGCCCAAGUAAACCGCCUCCCCUCCCACACGGAAUGCAUCUGGUCCCGCGACGGCUGCUACAACUGGGCCGAGACCUACGCGCAAUGUUGCCGCUACGCCCAGUUCUUCCUCGCCAACGAGCUUAAACCCCUUGAGCUGGUCGCUUUCUACCUCACCAACCGCCCAGAGUUCAUGUUUAACAUGAUUGGCUCAUGGGCCGUGGGGUCGGCGCCGGCGCUGAUAAAUUACAAUUUGAGUGGGGAUUCGUUGGUGCAUUGUUUGAAGAUUAGUAACGCGAAGUUGCUUAUUGUGGAUGAAAACACGGGGUGUAGGGAGAGAAUUGAGGAGGUUAGAGAUAGGAUUGAGGGGGAGUUGGGGAUGCGGAUAGUGAUUUUGGAUGAGGGAAAGAAGGGGGAGAUUAGGCGGUUGGAGCCCAGGAGGCCGGAGGAUGCGUUAAGGGAGGGGGUUAAGGGAGAUUUUCCGAUGAUAUUAUUGUAUACCAGCGGCACAACCGGCAAAUCAAAAGCCUGCCCCUUCCCCAUCGCCCGCGCCGACGCCCUCACGAGCGCCCGCAUGGGCGCCAUUGGCAUCAAGUCAGGCCCCGGCGGCGACCGCUGGUACGACUGCAUGCCCCUUUACCACGGCACUGGCUGCACAGUCUCCAUCAGCUGUAUGAUAACCGGCACAACCGUCUGCAUCGGCAGGAAAUUCUCUACCUCGCGCUUUUGGGACGAGGUCCGAGAUUCCGACUCCACUGCUUUCGUGUAUGUCGGCGAGACGGCACGGUAUUUGCUUGCGGCGCCCCCAAGCCCGAGAGAUCGGGAGCAUAGAGUGCAUUUGAUGUUCGGCAAUGGGCUACGGCCGGAUGUAUGGUCGCGGUUCGUGGAGCGAUUUGGGAUCAAGAAGGUGGGCGAGUUCUUCAACAGCACAGAGGGCGUGUUUGGGUUGUUGAAUGUGUGUCAGGGGCCUUACCUCACCUCCGCCGUCGGCCACCACGGCGCCAUCAUCCGCUUCCUAACCCGCAACGCCUACAUCCCCGUCGAAAUCGACCACGAAACCAACGCCAUCGUCCGCGAUCCUAUCACUGGGUUUGCGUCCCCGAAACCCUUCGACGAAGGUGGCGAAAUCAUCGUCAAGAUCUCUACGGAGUCUGCAUUCCCAGGCUACUGGCGGAAUCCUGAAGCCACGGAGAAGAAGUUCGAGCGGAACCUGUUUAAGAAAGGGGACCUAUACUACCGCACCGGCGACGCCCUUCGGAGAACUCCAGACGGGCGGUGGUACUUCAUGGACCGCCUUGGCGACACCUUCAGGUGGAAGAGCGAGAACGUGUCUACGGCUGAAGUGUCCCACGCACUCGGCGACUUCCCUGGCGUCAUGGAAGCGAAUGUGUACGGAGUUGAAGUACCCGGCUACGACGGUCGCGCGGGCUGCGCUGCGCUGUUCAUACCGCCGGAGCUUCGAGAUAGCUUUGAUUAUACGGCACUUCUUGCUUAUGCUUGUGCGAGGUUGCCGCGGUAUGCUGUUCCUAUUUUCCUGCGAAUAAGCUCGAGCGUCGCGCCGACGCAUAAUAAUAAGCAGAACAAAGUCCCGUUACGCAAUGAUGGGAUUGAUAUACGGAAGAUACGGGAAAGGGCUGAAGCGGAGGGGAAGUCGGAGAAGGAGGUGGAUAAGAUUUUGUUUUGGCCGCAUGCGCUAGGGCAUCCGAAGGUGGAGGGGUUGGAGGGGGAGGAUAGGUAUGUAGAGUGGACAGUUGAGGAUUUGGAUGGGUUGAGGGCAAGUGUUGCGAAGUUAUGAGUAAGAAAAAGAAGUGACUGGGUCGAAUAUUGAAAAUAUGGAUGAUACAUGAUAAAAGUCGAGUCUAUAGUCAGGUGACUUCUUCCCAAACCUCGACUCGCGAUAAUGUAUGAGGUCCUACAGGU